ACGCAACACGAGCCUGAAUCGUCCUUCCGCAAGCUCGCCUUUGCAGUACCCGAAGCCCCACGCGCCCCCUCCUCGUCUCCCUUCCUCCCGCCUCCCGGUGCCCCUACUGCAGAUACAGCUUUUCUGCGCGGUGGUCGGGAAGCCCAGCCCCGGCCAGCCAGCUGCUCCCGGCAUCCUUCGCCGCCUUGCGCGUCACAUGACGGCGGCGGCUCCGCACGAUCCCCAGGCAGCUGUCCGCCCCCGGGCGGGGCUGGCCGCACGCCGCAAUCCUACCGGCUACUGCGGCUGCAGCGGGGGCGGUGGGUGGCUUCCAGGGCACCGGCGGCCGCGGCCCGGACUCCGCGGUGGGCGAGCGCCCUGCGAGGUGACCAUGGAGGCUGGUGGCCUCCCUUUGGAGCUAUGGCGCAUGAUCUUAGCCUACUUGCACCUUCCCGACCUGGGCCGCUGCAGCCUGGUAUGCAGGGCCUGGUAUGAACUGAUCCUCAGUCUCGACAGCACCCGCUGGCGGCAGCUGUGUCUGGGUUGCACCGAGUGCCGCCAUCCCAAUUGGCCCAACCAGCCAGAUGUGGAGCCUGAGUCUUGGAGAGAAGCCUUCAAGCAGCAUUACCUUGCAUCCAAGACAUGGACCAAGAAUGCCUUGGACUUGGAGUCUUCCAUCUGCUUUUCUCUAUUCCGCCGGAGGAGGGAACGACGUACCCUGAGUGUCGGGCCAGGCCAUGAGUUUGACAGCCUGGGCAGUGCCUUGGCCAUGGCCAGCCUGUAUGACCGAAUUGUACUCUUCCCAGGUGUGUACGAAGAGCAAGGUGAAAUCAUCUUGAAGGUGCCCGUGGAGAUUGUAGGGCAGGGGAAGUUGGGUGAAGUGGCCCUGCUGGCCAGCAUUGAUCAGCACUGCUCAACCACACGCCUGUGCAACCUCGUCUUCAUGCCAGCCUGGUUCUCACCCAUCAUGUAUAAGACAACAUCAGGUCAUGUCCAGUUUGACAACUGCAACUUUGAGAAUGGGCACAUCCAGGUCCAUGGCCCAGGUACUUGCCAAGUGAAGUUCUGUACCUUCAAAAACACCCAUAUCUUCCUGCACAACGUGCCCCUGUGUGUCCUGGAAAACUGUGAAUUUGUGGGCAGUGAAAACAACUCUGUGACUGUUGAGGGUCACCCAUCUGCAGAUAAGAACUGGGCCUACAAGUAUCUACUAGGGCUCAUCAAGUCCUCGCCCACUUUUCUCCCCACAGAGGACUCUGACUUUUUAAUGUCCCUGGACCUAGAGAGCCGGGACCAGGCCUGGAGCCCAAAGACCUGUGACAUUGUUAUCGAGGGCAGCCAGAGCCCUACCAGCCCAGCCUCUAGCUCCCCAAAGCCAGGCUCCAAGGCUGGCCCACAGGAGGCAGAGGUGGGUAGUGAUGGUGAAAGGGUGGCCCAGACUCCAGACAGCAGCGAUGGAGGCCUGAGUCCCAGCGGUGAGGAUGAAGAUGAGGACCAGCUGAUGUACAGACUAUCCUACCAAGUGCAGGGCCCAUGCCCUGUAUUGGGGGGCUCAUUUCUGGGCCCACCUCUACCAGGAGCAUCCAUUCAGCUGCCCAGCUGCCUAGUGCUGAACUCACUGCAGCAGGAGCUGCAGAAGGACAAGGAGGCCAUGGCACUGGCCAACUCUGUGCAGGGCUGCCUCAUCCGCAAGUGCCUCUUCCGGGACGGGAAGGGAGGCGUCUUCGUCUGCUCCCAUGGCAGAGCCAAGAUGGAAGGAAACAUCUUCCGGAACCUGACUUACGCAGUGCGGUGUAUACAUAAUAGCAAGAUCAUCAUGCUCAGGAACGACAUUUACCGCUGCCGAGCGUCAGGCAUCUUUCUUCGCUUGGAGGGCGGUGGCUUGAUUGCCGGCAACAACAUUUACCACAAUGCAGAGGCUGGUGUAGACAUCCGGAAAAAGUCCAACCCACUCAUACUGUGUAACCAGAUCCACCACGGCCUUCGCUCUGGCAUUGUCGUCCUUGGCAAUGGGAAAGGCAUCAUCCGGAACAAUCAAAUCUUUUCCAAUAAGGAGGCUGGCAUUUACAUCCUGUACCACGGAAACCCCGUUGUGAGCGGGAACCACAUCUUCAAGGGCCGUGCUGCCGGCAUAGCAGUGAAUGAGAACGGCAAAGGCCUCAUCACAGAAAAUGUCAUCCGUGAGAAUCAGUGGGGAGGUGUGGACAUCCGCCGUGGAGGGAUCCCCGUUCUCAGGAGUAACCUCAUCUGCUUUGGCUAUUCAGAUGGUGUGGUUGUGGGAGACGAAGGCAAAGGCCUCAUAGAAGGAAAUACCAUCUACGCUAACAAGGGCUGUGGUGUGUGGAUGAUGUCGUCCAGCCUCCCCCAUGUCACCAGCAACCACGUCAGCUACAAUGGCCUGUAUGGAGUGGCAGUAUUUAGCCAGAAGGAUGGCUCCAGCGAGUUACCUCGAGGCCACAGGGCUCAAGAGAACUUCAGCGAGGAUGGGGAUGCCAUCCUCUGGGAGACAGAGCUGGAGAAGGAGGAUGACCCACUGCGCCGGCCCAUCACCAUAGCUCUUGUUGAGUCUAACAGUAUUAAUCACAAUGGAGCCUCAGGACUCUAUGUCCAGAGCAGCGAGGCACUGCAUGUCAUCACCAAUGUGAUCCACGCGAAUGGGGACAGAGGCAUUACUGUGGCCCAGAGCAGCCAACCCACUCGAGUGGCCAACAACAGCAUCUCCUGCAACCGGCAAAGUGGGGUCAAGGUUGAGGCCCAGUGCAAAGUGGAGCUCCGGGGCAAUGGUAUCUAUGACAACAGAGGCCACGGCAUUAUCACCAAGGGCGACAGCACCAUCGUCAUUGAAAACGAUAUCAUUGGCAACCGGGGCAGCGGGCUGCAGCUGCUGCCCAGGUCCGACACUAAAGUAAUAAAGAACCGGAUCCACUCGUUCCGGGCCUACGGCAUCGCAGUGCGGGGCCGUGCCAAGGCCCUGGUGCAGGAAAACAUCAUCUUCCAGGGCAAAACCAGUAAGACCAUCUUUCAGCAGAUCUCAAACAACCGAGAAUGCAUCAUGCAAAACAACAAGUUCCUGGUCUUCAAGAAAAAGUCUGAUACGUGGCGCCUGGUGAACCCACCAGCACGGCCCCACCUUGAAAAUUCUCUCAGACGUCCCUCGGCAGCCCACAAUGGGCAGAAGGUGACAGCCAUGGCAACGAGGAUCACAGCCCGGGUGGAAGGUGGUUUCCACAGCAACCGCAGUGUCUUCUGCACCAUCCUGUGAGGACACAGACCUGCUUCAGGGCCAAGCCUGGAUGGGUGCUCAGAGGAGCUAAGGUGGAAAUAGUGCCUGAGAAGACUCCGCCCCUCCCCCUCCCCCUCGAACAAAUGGGUCCCAGGCCUCCAAAACACGGUACCUCCAGAACACUUCAGCUCCACAGCCCAUAGCAAGAAGAAAGUGGGCAAUGUUUUUCAGGGAGAAGGGAUAGAAGCUGGUGGGUUUCCAGUCACUCAGUCUAUAAAGAUUGUGAAGAGCUGGGGAAGCUCAAAUGCUGAAGCUUUUGGUCAUGAUUUUCUCUGAGUUCUAAGGAACCGUGUUUUACACACAGCAAACCCAGACUCUUCUCAGGAAAGAGCAGAUUUACUUCUGAUGGCGGGAAGUGGUUCUAGUGAGGUGGAGAGAGACAACUGCUCCAGAAUUUUCCCCUUUGCUAGACCUGUCUCCCUCUCAAUCCCUCCAGGGACCCCACCACACCCUCCCAGCUGUCUUUGGAGGCUGGAGGAGUUGAGUUUGGUUGACUUGAGGACUUGGACAUGGACCUGGGAGGGAGGAAGGACCUGGGAACAACAGGAGGCCCCAUGGAAAGGCUGCCCCAGGGAUGACAAGAGGGACACGCUGAAACGGGUGGGGCUGCAGCGUGCAGGCAGGUGCUAGGCUGGGUGGGCAGGGAUGCACAAGGCUCUACUCCAUCCCCAGAGAGCUCCCAAACGCAGGAGGAUUCAAACCCCAUGUGAGCGCGCCCACACCAGCCGCCCCUCCUGAGCACCAGCCUGUUCAGAUGGGGGUACCUGGGCCUCUCGUUCGCAUCUGUGUUCUCAUGGCUGACCCUCCCAAGCCUGCCCACUCUGUGCCUUGGCUCAUGCUCUUUCCUCCUCCCGGCCAGCAUGCCCUUCUCCCCCAUCGCCGUGUCCCCGUUCCUCAAGGGUUAGCCGAGACACUGCCACCUCCACAUAGCUCUCCCUGCUCUUUCCGCCUCUGGGCCUCAGUGGCCUUUCUCUGCUCCCUCUCAGGGUACUGAGCACUUUCUGCCUUGUCCUGGAGCUCUCUGGGUCUAUAGCCUGACCCCCCACUCACCUGUGUGCUCCCCGUAGGUAGGGCCACAUCUGACUGUGUCCCCAGAUCCCAGCCUGGGGCUGGGGUAGGAUUAGUGGCCUGAGUGAGGAGAGGAAGGCCAGCUCCCAGAGGACUUUACUGAACCGUACUGUGAAUAUGUCCAAGUCCCAAAGCCAGGCGAGCUCAGACCCCACUGCUUGAGGAACGGGGCUGGAUGCAGGGUCAGCUUAGCCUGAACAAUCCCCUCCCACUCGGCCUUUCCUGUGGGGCCUUCACCAGCCUGCUGGGGUCACUGUCGUGCACUUGGCUGCAUGGCUGGUUCUAUUGGCCCUAGGUGCUGCUCUGUUGGGUGGGAUGGGAGGGGGUAGAGGGAGCCAGGAGCACUGGGUUCUCCCUGAGAACAUUGGGCACAAGAGUACUGGCCUCUUCUAUCCCUGGCACUGUCCUUUGCACUUGUUUGGUGGCCCCAAUGUGAGUCGCUGUACAAAAUGCUGCCUUUACUAUUUUCUAAGAAAUGACUUUUCUGUGAACCAACAGUAACAAAAACCUCAGUAACCAAAAUAAAGUUCUAUAUUUUAAAAAAGGCA